GAGAGGUCUUUGCUGUUGUGACGCUUUGCAUGUGAGUGUCGGAGGGAACGCUGCUGGCGCUGCUUGGACUGGAUCUGCUCAACGUUUGGAGGUCUGCCACAGUGACCUAAACAGAGUCUGACUUCUAGGAUUCAGAGCGACAAAUUCAGGGAGAAAACAAAAACACUGAGAAGAAGAAGAAGAACGAGACAGGAUUGAGAGGGAGCAGGAGCCUGGUGCUGAGGCUGGUAUGAGGCAAGUGUUUUAGAAGAAGGCUGUCAGGCUGUCUGGGUGUGACUGAACACCCUGUAGUGGAGCUGCUGACGAGUUAUCUUACAGAGUCUCUGUCUGUUUCUAACCAUCAGCUUUUUGAGAGGUCUAUGGUUCAACACUGAGCAGAGACCAUGUGGUGUUUGGAGCUGCUCUUACCACUGCUGUUGAUCAUCAGUGAUGUCAGUUGCCAGUGGAAUGUAUGGUUACCCCGGGACAUCUCAGCCAUGACCAACUCCUGUGUGGUCAUCCCCUGCACCUUUAUGUAUCCGUCUGGUAUCAGGCCACAUCGUGGUAUUCAUGGUAUCUGGUACUUCGGUCAGCCCUACCCUCAGCUCUUCCCUCCUGUAGUUUUCAAAUCACGCACAGACGUUGUACAUGAGAGUUACAAGGGCCGCACUAAGCUGUUGGGCGACCUGCACCAGAGGAACUGCACUCUGCUCAUCAACAACAUCGGCUCAGAGCACUCAGGGAGAUACUACUUUCGUGCAGAUCUGGGAGGAGCAAAUAUGUAUACGUACCCAGACUUCGCUGAGCUCAAAGUUUUGGAACAACCCAACAUUGACGUCCCAGAAGAAAUCGUCAGCGAUGAGAGUCUUGAACUGACAUGCUACGCCCCUGAUAACUGCCCUGACAUGACACCAGAGAUCCAAUGGAUGUACACCGACUACCUGCCCGACCCUGAGUUCAGCACAGAUUAUCUGGAGGAGAGUAACUCAGCGGUGCUGUCCAACACGCUCACCUUCACACCCAGACCCAUGCACAAUGGGCAGCUGUUGGGCUGCAGGGUCUACUACCCAAACACCACCCUGGUCUAUGAGAGGCUCAUCUCUCUGGACAUCAAGUACGCUCCUCGCUCUGUCUGGGUGAACGCGUCCUCUGAGGUGAUGGAGGGCAGCUCUGUGAUGCUGCACUGUGAGGUGGACAGUAACCCUCCUUCCAGGAUCUCCUGGAUGUUUGGAGACCAGGAGCUGCAGUGGGACACGGCGUCUAAUAUCUCCCUGUUUUUGGACGACAUGACCCCUGCACACGAAGGAAUCUACACUUGUGUCGGGGACAACGGCUACGGUCUGAUGAACACUUCACUGUACCUGGCUGUCAAAUAUCCUCCCCGUGAGCCACUGGUCAACAGUUCUUUGACAGUACUAGAAGGCACCACCCUGGCCCUGCACUGCAGCACUCAGGGCAGCCCAGCACCCACCCUCACCUGGCUGAAGGACGGGGAGCUGGUCGGUACCAUCACUGCUGACGAGCUGUCGGUGCUGGAGAUCGCAGACAUCACACCGCAGGGAGACGGACAGUACCGCUGCCUGGCUGAGAAUGAGCACGGCCGAGCCAGCAGCUCACUGAACAUCACUGUUGAGUAUGCCCCUGUCCUUUUGGAGGAGUCAAAAUGCACCGUGGUGAGGGAAGGCGUCCAGUGUGUCUGCAUGGCCACAGGAAACCCUGAACCCACCAUUGAGUUCUACCUGCCUGACCUGAACAUCACCAUCAACGAAACAGAUGGACGUUACAACUUCUACACACACACAGAUGGACACACCUCCACAGGCAUGAUCAAACUACGGGAGAAAGGCGAGCGGGUCGAUAAUGGAGGCCCUGCCGUCAAUGUCCACUGCAGCAUCUACAACACAUAUGGAAGAGAGAGUGUACUUCUGGAGCUGCAGCAGGAGAAAAAGUACAUGAUGGCAGUUAUAGUUGGCACCAUCGGAGGAGUGGCCGUCAUAGCCUUCAUCAUAGCAGCGGUACGAUACGUUGGCCACAACAACAAGAAAGAGAAUGGCAACCCUAGGCAGGACCUGGUCCUGGAGAACCCAGCUUUGUACUACAGCGCAGUCAAGAAGGACAAACAAAAUCUGAGGAAGAAAGUGCUUAAGACAGAGCUGUUGGGCUCAAAGUUUAACUCCAUUCUAGAAGAGACUACGGGAGAAGACGGGGAUUACCAACCUGUGGGCUCUAUGGCAGGACUGGAGAGGCAAGAGCUGAAUUAUGCUGCUCUGGAGUUUAUCGGGGCCAGGUCCAGGGAGGGGGCCACAGGGAGGGGGGAUGACGGCGGCAACUACACGGAAAUCAAAGCCAAAUGAAUCGCAAUCCUUCCCUGAUCCCUCAGCUAUGCGAGACGCAGUGGCAAGCCCUGUAUCACACAGAUCCUCUGCCCCAUAAACUGUAAUAACCUCCCCUCUCCUGUACUGGAUUUAACUUCACGUUUGAUGACUCCUCCUUUCUCAUUUCUUCAGAUUUGUCACGUAUGAUCCUCUUGAUACCAAUAUUUCCCCCCUCAUGCUGCCCCUCCCUCCACUGGACGCCCCUUCACAAGCCACGGUUUGGGAAAACUGGUACUUUCUUUUGGGUCGGAGCCAAAUCCUCUGGACAAUGUAAAAAGUUCUUUUAAUUUUCCAUCCUCAGUUGUAGUAAAUGGGCUCUAAAACACGCCAUGUAAACCAGAAACCAUCCUUUUGUUACUCUGUGUGAUUGUUGACGUCAAGUGACAGACAUCCACUCAGUGCUUGCAUCCUUCUCACUAUUUGUCUACAUCUGUCUCUUGUAGUUUGUCACUGUGUCUGCUGCCAGUUGAAGCAUCAGGGCAAGGAGUAAUGGGCUUUUUGUUUCUUUAUCUUAUGUGUGUGUCUUUAUGUCUGCAGCUGAGUGUGAAGGCUCUGCCCUCUUUCUGUUCAGCUAAUUACAACCCAAACAGAUAGCGGAAUGAGGGGAGAGAUGGAAACUCAUCUCAGUAUUUUGUUUCCACAUAAUUGCAUUUAAUAUGUGCUGUGACUCAGUAGCCUCUUCAUAAUAAAUGACAAAUAUAUUGAGAUUUUGUCACAGAUAAUGAGUGACAAUGUUUUGUAAAUUUAAGUGUUGAACUGCCUAUGACACUGUCAGAAAAUGUCCUGAUUUGAACAGUCA